ACUGUCUCAGUUUAUAAUAAAAUGUUUUUAUUAAAAGUGACGGACAAUAUUUCCCUCAAAAUGUCGCCUCCAUAUUUGCUUCUACUGUCGAUAACGCUGCUGUCCACCUUAUCGACAGUAGAAAGCGUCUGCAACUCAGCCUGCUGUACGGCAAUCCCAAAGAACUACAGGGGCGUGUUCAAAAUACGCAACACAUUCCUGUCAUCUCUUCCAGAUUCGCGUCGAUUGAACACCCUGGCGCUGAUUGGGACCCACGAUUCGGCAGCCUACAACACGAUAAACGCUGCAGAAGCCCAAGUUAUGACCAUUUCCGAGCAAUUGGGCGCCGGGAUUCGAGUCUUCGACAUGCGGGUCAGGCCUCUCUUGAAUUCAUUCAAGAUGCACCACGGGCCAAUCUACUUAAAAAGGUCUUUCGACUCUAUAGUGACCAACGUGACCAAAUUUUUCCAGAGGAACCCCAAGGAAUUGAUAAUAAUGUUCAUGAAAGUUGAAUUUUCCAACCUUUUCUGCACGCUGAGCGAGUGCGAAAUUUUGGAGAACUACAACAAAUUAUCCGGGGGACUUUUCGUCCAGAAUUGGAAGUACAAUGACACCCUGGGUCAGCACCGUGGGAAGAUUCUGCUGGUCAAGGCGGACAACGGGUUUGACAAUUGCACGAUCAGAUUGCCUUGCAAGGUUCAAAAUAAUUGGGACAUUUCGGUGAUUGGGACCAAGUACACUGCUAUUGACAAGUGGCAUGACAUAAAGUCACUCCAAGAUGACCAGUUUGACCCCAAUCAGCAUCACAAGUGCUAUAUUAAUUACUUGUCCGGGUUCUCGGACAUCAUCCAGGGCCCCAAGGCCGUCGCUACUGGCGGCUACUUCUGGUGGGGAGAACUCGAUCGGACUACUGGGACCAAUAGGAAGAUGUACGAGUAUUUUAGGAAUCCAGGGAACACUUUGAGUAUUAUUUUGACGGACUUUCCAGGGCAGGGGUUGAUCAGCAAGAUCACUGAUAGCAAUAAGAAGGUGUAGUUUGCAGAGUUUUGGGUUUAGGGAAAAUGGUUGAGAUAAAAGUUGUAGGGGAUUUGAUUUUGAAUAGAAGUGAAAAUUUGGUAGGAGCAAAAGUUUUUGUAAUAGUGAGAUAUUGAUGGUUUUUGGAGGAAGUAUAGUGUGAUAUUUUUAGAAAAAUUAUGAAAUGUUUAUAAAUGGGUGUAGUUAUGGAAAUUUUGAGUUCAGUAGAAAAUCUUUUAAGUAGAAAUUGUCUAAAAUAAAAUUUUUAACAAUUUUUGUGCCUUCAUAAAUUUUAUAAGAUUAACGUUUUGGAGAAUGUAAGUAGUUUUUGUAAAAAUUAUGAGUUUACAUUUUUGUAAACGAAAUUUU